AUGACAAAAAGUUGGAUGACAACAAACGAAAAAUGUGAAAAAUUCAUUGAAUGGUACUUUCCACAAAUAUUUGACAGAUUAUAUUUGUCUAAACAUCUUGAAAGUGGAGUACGGACGGAAAUUGGGAAAAUAUAUUCGAGUGUUUACUCGGAAUUUAAAAGAAUGUUGGAAAAUAAUCCUUGGCUCGAUACAGUUACUAAAGGAAAAGCUUUAACAAAAUUACAAAUGUUACAGGCAAAUGCUGUUUAUUUUGAAAGAAUAUUUGAUAAUAAUUAUUUGGAAGGAAUUUAUAGACAUUAUAAUCCACUUAGAACAGAUGUGCCUUUUGCGGAGAUGGUUCAUACCUUUGAAGGAGCAAGUUUUCUUCGUCAAAUGGCAACAAAUGAUUAUUAUGAUUCUUCUUGGCUCGUUAAUGCCUAUUAUAGCAGAGAAACAAAUGCUUUAGUUUCCUUAAAUGGAUAUUUGAACCCUCCAAUCUUUAGCAAAGAUUUUUUGGCAGUUAUGAAUUAUGCUGGAAUUGGGGUAACCCUUGGGCAUGAAUUAAGUCAUGCUUUUGAUGAUUGGGGGUCGUAUUAUAAUGGUAAUGGGCAAAUGGAGGAUUGGUUAGGCCCCCAAAUGAGGGCAAUAUUUCAAAAAAAGAAGGAAUGUUUUGUUAAACAAUAUGGAAAUUCUAAGGUGCAAAUUGACGGUGUUUGGAUUAACUUAAACGGAACUUUAACCGUUAACGAAAAUAUUGCCGAUAAUGGAGGAUUAAAUGCUGCCUUUAAAGCAUGGCAAGUACUAAAAAGAAGUUCAUCUUCACUCGAUCAAAAUAUUUUUGGAAAAAUUGAUGGACUUGAAGAAUUUAAUGGAGAUCAACUAUUCUUUAUUCAUUAUGCCUUUCGUCAAUGUUCUCGUUUGGGUUCAACAUGGCUUAGACAAAGAAUAAUGACAGAACAACAUUCUGUAGUGCCUGCUAGAGUAAAUAUACCUCUUCAAAAUUCUCCACAUUUUGCUAAAAUUUUUGCUUGUCCAAGUGGUUCUCCGAUGAAUCCGGUAGAUAAAUGUGCAAUUUGGUGA